AUGACCGGUAACCCACGCGGCCGGCGUCCAGGUGGCCCUUCUACAAAGCGCAAAGCUGAUGAAGAGCUCUCUUCAAACCCAAACACAAAGAAAGCUCCCUACAAGCAGCAGUGGUCCCGCAUCAAGGCUAAGCUCCAGAAGUCAACCGAGUGGCUUCAAGCAGAUGAGAAGACUCAGGCUGCCUUAGAGGCUAAUGCAAAGUCAACACAUGACGCAAACUAUGUUGCACUUGGUCGACAUCCUGACCAUAUGUCUCUUGCUCAAAGUGCUAUCACUAUGCCUCGUGGCGCUGGUGAGAUUCCUGACGAUGAUGGGAAUCCUCUUUGGGUUGAAAUUCGAAAGCUUUCUACACAGGACAUUUUGCAGCUCGAAAUCAUCGAUCAACACCUUAAUGUCGAAGAACCAGCCACUAUUUUUGCCCAAAAGAGUGCAAAGGAAAUGAUCUGUCAGCAAAUUGAGCAUGACCGCAAGAUAUCACUUCAGACUGUACAGCAAUCAAUGGAUUCCACCUUGAAGCAGCUUUUUUAUAAAUGCCGAAUUAUGGAGCAUUUUCCCGACCGAUCAGCUGCAGCAGUGAAGAUUGAAAAAUCAGCUUGGCUAGAAUUGAGUGAUGAGACUGAGCCUUUUCCAAAACUCAAUGGAAAUGUCUUCACUCGUGCUGAGAUUUUUAUUUGGUUUGUAAUUAGCAGUAAAGUACCUUCUGCUACUGCUACAAUUACUCCUCUUCGACCUUUUUACAACAGCACGAAGAUCAAAUUUCCUCUUGCUCGUCGCCGUAACCUCAAAGGAUUCCAAGCACGCCGUGAGUUUCCAAGCCUUCCUUGGUGGAACUCCCGUCGACGUUCCUAUAUCAAUUGGGAGCCCAGCAAUGUCUCAAUGAUCCGUGCUAUUCGAGGCUGGCAGCUUGGCGCUAUGAAGUCUAAGACUUGGCAAUGUCUUCCAGGGCCUGCUUGGCUUUGGGAUAAAGACUCUCUUCGGCAAAUUGAUGCAUUUGAGAAAUCGAUUUCUCUUCCUAAGAGAACUCUAGAGGAUUUCUUUCGAAUUCUAAUGGGCAAGUUUACACUUGCUGAGCUGGAGGAUGGUUCUGCGCCUUGGGAUGGAAUUGCUUAUCUGAAUAUUUUGUAA